ACUCUUCCUUCCAAUACCCCCUCCUCCUCUGUAUCAUCCACCUCAUCGCCGCAUUCCACGCCAGGCCUCUUCAAGAUCAAUCUCGUUCCGGUCAAGGCUUCUGAGUCCGACUUCGAGAACAGUCCAUUGCUCGUCUCGACCUCUGUGUGCAUGCCAUCCUUCAAGCAUGAGUAUCGCCCGCUGUCUGCUCCACAGUCUUGCACGGCUUUAUCCUUGCUCUCGUACCAUGCUCUUGCUUCCGUCAAUACCUCCGCCUCCUCUGUAUCAUCCUUGUCCUCAGCAUCUCGCUCUCCUGAGCUCCCUUUCCUUCUCCUCACUCGUCACCUUCUCAUUGUCUGUCCCACCCUUUGCCACCUCUCUCCUGCAUCUGUAGCACACUUCUUGCCAUGCUCGUGUACUCAUUGUAUAAACGUAGCAAUGGAUAUCCUUCUGGCAAGCAAAGGGUGA